CUCAUGAGACCUGAACUCCAGCUUGUGAGCAUUGUAUGGUCUGAGCAGAGGGAAGCAGGCACAACCAAAUGCCUUCAAAAACUUAUAAUCAGGAGCAGACUUGAAUAAUAGUGUGUAGGGUACCUGAAACUUAACAGAUGCCACUCGGGGAACUAUUGCAGCAAAAUAUGGAAUUUCUAAGGCCUCAAGGCCAGUUGCUUUGGCUUUCAUGAAGAGGACUCUUGCUAGAUGCCGGGCAUUUGAGGAAACCAGGAAAAGUUGCUUUUUGGAUCCCCUGUUUAAAGAUGUCCUAUUUGCAACUCCUGCUCUUGACAACUAUACUGUUUCAACUGUUGCUGAUAACCGACCACUUGCUCAAAACACUAUGCAAGAUUUUGCACCACCAGGUUCAUUUCCUUCCAGGGAGCUAAAUGUCUUGGGAAAUUCAAACCAUCCAUCCAACUUGGACUUUGCCAGGACUAGACAAAUACUGAACGGAGGGAAGAAAGCUAAAGUGCUACCUGAUGGUGUUGGUGUUAGCACUUAUUUGAGAGGGAAGAAAGGAGAAGUGCCACUUGAUAAUGUUGGUGCUAGUGAUUCUUUGGGAGGGAAGAAAGGAAAAGUUCUACUUGAUGAUGUUGGUGCUAGUGCUUCUCUGGGAGGGAAGAAAGGAGAAGUGCUACUUGACGGUGUUGGUGCUAGUGCUUCUUUGGGAGAGAAAAAAGGAGAAGUGCUACUUGACGGUGUUGGUGCUAGUGCUUCUUUGGGAGAGAAAAAAGGAGAAGUGCUACUUGACGGUGUUGGUGCGAGUGCUUCUUUGGGAGGAAAGAAAGGAGAAGUGCUAUUUGACGAUGAUGGUGUUGAUGCUAGCGCUUCUUUGGGAGGGAAUAAAGGAGAAGUGCUACUUGCUAGUGCUUCUUUGGGAGGGAAGAAGGGAGAAGUACUACUUGAGGAUGUUGGUGCUAGUGCAACUCUUGGUAAUUCGUUCUUGGGUGGAACAAAGGGAAAGAGGAGUAAAAGAGGGACGAACAAGGACACUUCUACGAGAAAUUAUGUUAAAAGAGGCGGUCGUUCUUCUGCAAGUAACACAAGGAAUGGGCGUAAACCAAAAGCAAAGGGCAAACCGAAGACAGAUCAACUCUCUACUUCUGCAGAAGGGUCACUUCACAAGUUGGUGGAAAAUACUAACUCUAAGCAUCAAUUGGCUUGUGGCUCUGAUCAACUGGUUUCCAGUGAUAACAAUAAUGUUGGCUCUGUACCUCAUGGUUCUAGAACUAUCGAUUUUGCCUUUGAAACUGAGGAUCCCUUGGAUUUAACAAACAUGCCUGAACUAGACUCCAUAGAAGUUGGUGCAGAUAAAGACCUGGAUUCUUGGUUAAACAUUGAUGUGGAUCCCUUAGAAGAUGAUGAUGAUGCGGUGGGCCUAGACAUACCGAUGGACGAUCUGUUCACGGUUCUGUGAAGACGAAUGCCAGGAUAUUAUGUAUUCCUAUCAUUAUUUGGUGUUUAUAAACCGCACCGUGUCGGUUGAAUUCUGCUCAUUCAAUUCAUUACUCUCCAGUAGAGUCUUAGUUAUGAUCAUUAUUAUUUUUGUAUAUACUUGGCAGUCAGUAUCUACAUUACAGUACCAAAUAUAGAAGCCCAACAUAGAGUUAAAGAAAUACAGAAAAGAAGAAAAAGGUAGUUCUCAAUUGUUCAUAUGAGAAUAGAGCUCCAUUGGUUGUAACUGUUACAUACAUUACAAAUAAUUUAUAAAUGUGUUGUUAUUUUCUCUCAUGGCUUGUAAAUUAUAUCAUCCUAAUUACGACAUUACGAAGUCAAUCUGUGCUAUUCACUGUGCUCAAGAAUUGGAAAUCAUAAAGCCAUCGUAGGAAGCCAACCGUAUGUGUUCUAUCUGAGAACUCGUGCACUAAUCUUUAGGAGAAAUGAUAAAGGGUGAUAGUAAAACUGAAAAUAGGAUAGAAGUUGGAAAUCACCACCAUGUAAGGGGAAGGAUUUAAUUUGCCACCUCCAAGUUGAACGAACAAAUUUGAGAGGUGGCAACAACGAAAUUUUCGGUAAAUUUUUUAAAAUUUUCAGCAUGAAUUUGUUCAUUUUUUUUAUAUGACUUGG